AUGGCGGAGAGGGCGCUGCCGCCGCCCGUGCCCGAGCAGGCCUCCGCCGCCCUCGCCGCGCCGCGCCAGCUCAGGGCGCCGCCGCAUCAGACCUACGUCGUCAAGGUCCAGAAGGACCAGAUAUACCGCGUGCCGCCCCCCGAGAACGCCUACCUCGCCGAGCGGUACCGUGCGGAGCGCGCCGGCGGCGGCAAGAGCGGCGGCGGCUCGUCGUGCUCGACUACCCUCCUGCUCACGCUCGGCCUGGCGGCCGCCGCGGUGCUGCUCCUGGGCGCCAGCGUCUGGCUCUCCGUCGUGGUGAUGCGGCCGGCCCCGCCGAGCUUCUCCGUGAACAGGCUCUCCGCGCGCAACGCGUCGGCGCAGCGCCACGCGGAGGUGGACUACGACUUCUUCCUCACGGCGAUCAACCCCAACAAGGUGACCGCGCUGUGGUACAAGGACGGGGGCACGGCCAGGCUGCUGCACCAGGGCACGGCCCUGGCCAAGGCUGGGGACGUGGGGACGCCCGAGGACGGCGGCGUGGACGCCAAGGACUUCAACGUGCUGCUGCACGGCGGCGGCCACGCGACACCCAAGGCGGUGGAGAAGGCGCUCAGGGGGUCGAAGAAAGAGGCCGUGGCGCUGGAGCUCGCCGUGGAGUUCCCCGUGCAGGUGCACGUGGGCGCACUCGCGUUCGCGGCCAAGAGGCUGGCCGUGGCGUGCGAGAUCAGAACGGCGGGGCUAGGGAAGCACGUGCACAUUUCGUCGCAGAAGUGCAGGAGCAGCUUCGGGAAGUGA